UCCAACUCGCUAAUGAUCAUAUGCACACCCUCGCCUGUCGCAUGAGUCACCAGCAAAUCGACAAGAGAUCACACUACAAUACGUAACAGUAAUACCCCAAUAUAUAUCAUAACACCAAUGUAUAAUACAAGACAUCUGCUUGACGCGGUGUCAGCUGCGUCGAAUCCCAACAAUGUCGCUGUUGAAACCGUCUCCAGCUGAUUUUGAAUACAACGAUAUCCAGGCAAAGCUGGUGAGUGAAACGAGCCCCGUAGAGCCGAUCCGACUUGAAAUUAAAUCGGCGAUUAUUGUCAUUGGAUACGUACCGAGUCAUUCCAAGAGUUUUGCAUUUAAUUUACUAUGCCGAUCAACUGGAAACAUCGCUCUGCAUUUCAAUCCGCGAUUGGAACGAGGAUAUUGCGUGAGGAAUUCCAAGGUCAAGGGAUCUUGGGAGACUGAGGAGACUUGCUCAAGAGACGGAGGGGUAAAUCCUAUUUUUCCGAGAAAUUCGUACUUCCAUCUUUUGAUUUUCUGCGGAUCGAGAGAGUUCCAGAUUGCUGUCAAUGGCGAACACUUCUGUGACUUUCCAUACCGACAAUCCCUCGAAUCGAUUACGAAUUUUGAAUACGUGGGAGACGUCGAGGAUGUGAGAAUCCGUUUGACAAAAUUGAAUAUUUAUCCGGAUCCGAAGAUUGUUAAACCCCGUCGAUACCUUGAACUUUCCCAGGAACAACCCCUCUCUGAUAAUCUCAAAGUUCCAUGCACAAUUUCCCUCGCCCAACCCCUCGCAUUUGGAACCAGAAUAUUCAUAAAAGGACGUUUGAAACUCUUACCUCAUUCGUUUUACGUGAACCUUCAAAGAAGUCAAUUAAUCUACCCCCAUCCGGAGAUUGCCUUGCAUUUAAAUCCUAGAUUUCUGUUCGGAAAUCGUCCGUCCUGUGUCGUGAUGAAUUGUUGGACUAAUGGCGCUUGGAGUGCAGAGGAAAGACACGAGGGACAAUUAUCCUGGGGUCCUGGCCGUGACUUUCUCCUGACGAUUCGUUGUGAAUACGAAGGCUACAACAUCUGGCUGGACAACAAGAUGAUCGGUAUAUUCCAGCAUCGACUGGAGCCCACAAUAGUCGACACCCUUCACAUAAGUGGUGACGUGGUCAUCUACCAAAUAGUCCUGAACAGUGACGACUGAAAAAAUCACGUGAACUCAUUCGCAAAGAGUGAAAAACAUCCUCCAAAGAGUGAGUCAACAAUCGAUACAUUUCUCGAGCUAAUUAGCUUCCCCUCAAGUCAAGUUCAUGUUCAAGUACUUCUAUCUCCAGCCGCGUCUGGAGUUUUUUUUUAAAUGUAUAUUUUUAUUUACUCUGAGUGCUCGAGAAAUGCCAAUCAUGUUGGCUCAUUCUUCAUUCCCUCGAUGAAAUGCAUAAAAUCGAAACAAAAGUUGAUUGAUAAUUCAAAAAAAUGACGCAAAACAGGUAAUUUUGUAAAGAUAUACUCUAUAUUAUCAAUUCUAUUAAUUGUAUUUGACAUGUUUUACAAUUUAUAGCUUCUCGGUAGAUAAAUCAUGAAAUAAAAAAUAUUGAGUAUCUAAGA